UGUCAAAUUAAACUGAAAAACAGUUGUUUUUCUAAUGAAGUAUGUAAUCUAAAUUCAUAAAACCAUUUCUUGUUUGUAUAAAUUAUGUCAUAAUGUUUCUGCCAAUGAGUUGUUCCAAAUAAGUUUCCUAACUACAAAUAUAAAAGGCCAUCUUCCGUUCUUAAGCACUGUAAACCAUAUAAACAUUCUAACUUAAACGCUACGAAACUGCAAUGAAUCUCGGUGGGACAUUACGAAUUAACAAGUUCGCUUGUUUCACAUUGGCUUUUGUAUUAUUUCUGAUAAUAUACUGGCGAUCCGGAACAUCUAGCUAUCCUACAGAGAAGAGUCACUUAGUUAAUUUAAAGAGUUUAUUAAAAGCCGCUAUCUUAGCCGCCGAAGGAGGAGGCAAGAAAGUAUUGGACGGAAAAAAUCAUAUUUUGAAUGUUAAGAGUAAGGGUAAAACUUUGGAAGGCGCCAACGACCCUGUAACUGAUGUUGAUUAUGCAUCGCAUUGCGCUAUGUAUUAUGGUUUAAAACACACUUUUAAUAAUAUCGAUGUGGUCUCUGAGGAGCAUUCGAAGAGUGAUAGUAGCUGCGAGGAGGUGCCUGCUUUCGACUUGGAGCCCGACAUCCCCGGGAAUCUGAACAUUGAGCAAAUGCUUGAUGAGCUUGUGCUUGCUAAAGAUGUUGUUGUUUGGAUCGACCCAUUAGAUGCCACCCAGGAGUAUACAGAGAAACUGUACCAAUAUGUUACAACAAUGGUAUGUGUUGCUAUAAGAGGAGUGCCAAUAAUAGGAGUCAUCCAUUAUCCAUUCACACAGCAAACAUAUUGGGCAUGGUAUACUAAGAAAACAUCAGCUAAUAUGCCACUUGUACCGCAUAAAGAAGAAAACAGGGAACAUCCUAGAGUGGUAAUUUCUCGAUCACAUCCUGGAAAAGUUGCCACUGUAGCCAAAAGUGCUUUUGGAGACAAGUCCAAUGUUUCCAAAGCUGCUGGAGCAGGAUUCAAGGUAAUGGAAGUUGUGAAUGGCACUUACGAUGUUUAUCUUCAUGUAACUACUAUUAAGAAGUGGGAUAUUUGUGCUGGAGAUGCCAUCCUAAAAACCGUUGAUGGCAAAAUGACCACAAUGAAAGGUGAUAACAUUGAUUAUUCAGCAGAUGGCCAUGUUGCAGUGACUGAUGGUAUUUUAGUUACAAGGUAUGAUCAUGAUUAUUACUUGAAGAAAAUGCCUUCAAUAAUUCACUCCAUGCAUUGAAAGGGAAGAAAACUCAAGGACUAAUUAAUGGAACUUUAAAAGUCAGUUAAAUGAAGUUGUGACUUAAACAAUUUUAUGGGUUAGUGAAAAAAUGUUGUAGGUGUGUUGUAAAUUAAUUUUGGAGACUAGGGUGUAUCGCAACUGGUCCAGAAGCUGAAAAGUGGAUACCUUAACCUCUUAAAACAUUCAGGUAAAACCAAAUAAUAAAAUAGUUUCAGCGGUCAUUUUAAUUAAAAGGUGUCUUGUGAGCCCUCAAGGGUAGGCAGCCUACCAUCAUUUUACUAACCAUACAUACCAAAUCGGCAGUAGGCUACCGCCACCCCGACUACAUUUGCUGUGGAGCAGUAAUGCAUUUCAGCUUGAAGGGUGUUUGUUGUGGGUAUGUUGCUUAGAUGGGUGGACGAGCUCACA